AUGCGCGCUCGUUCUGCCGGCACCGCUCUCUCACGAGCCGGCACCGCCGUCUCCCCGCGUGUCCUCGCCGCUCCUCACAUCCGGACCCUCGCAACCACCGCCACCACCCCCGUCACCGGCUCCUCGCGCAGCCACAAGGUCGUCGUCGUCGGCGGCGGCGCGGCCGGCGCCAGCGUCAGCCACCAGCUCCUGCGAUCCGGGCGGUACUCCCGCGACGACAUCGCUGUCGUCGACCCCGCGCGCUGGCACCACUACCAGCCCGGCUGGACGCUCGUCGGCGGCGGCGUCAAGGACAAGGAGGACCUGCGCAUGCGCAUGACCGAAGUCCUGGACCCGCGCCUCGCCCAUUACGACCAGCCCGUCCAGGGCUUUCUUCCCGACGACAACGCCGUGAAGCUGGCGUCCGGCGCCCGCCUCCAGUACGAGCAGCUGGUCGUGUGCCCCGGCAUCGACAUCUACUACGACAAGAUCAAGGGCUUGCCGGAGGCGCUCGCGGACCCGGCGGCGCCGGUGUCGACGGUGUACGGGUACGAAGGCGCGGACAAGGUGUUCCGCACGGUGGAGGCGCUGCGUAGCGGAAAGGCGCUGUUUACCCAGCCCGCGGGCAUGAUCAAGUGCGCCGGCGCGCCGCAAAAGGUCAUGUGGCUGGCGCUGGACCACUGGCGACGCGCGGGUCUCUACAACAAGGCCGGCGGCGGCGUCGACGUCACCUUUGCCACGGCGCUGCCGGCCAUGUUCGGCGUGCCCAAGUACAGCGCCGCCCUCGAGGCGCUGCGCGUCGAGCGCGGCGUCGAGGGGCUCUUCCAGCACGACCUGGUCGAGGUCGACGGCGACCGGGCCAUCUUCUCCGUGACCGACGCCGCCUCCGGCUCUACGAAGACGGUCACGCGGCGGUUCGACCUGCUGCACGCGGUGCCCAAGAUGGGCCCGCACGCGUUCGUCGCGCGCAGCCCGCUGGCCGACGCCGCGGGGCUCGUGGACGUGCACCGCACGCCGACGGCCAAGACGGCGGCGGCGGUGACCGCGCAGGCGCCGGUGGUGGUGGCCAACCUGCUGGCGGUGGCGGAGGGCGGGGAGCCGGCGGCGGAGUACGACGGGUACACGUCGUGCCCGCUGACGACGGAGCGCGGCAAGGUCUUGCUGGCAGAGUUCAUGUAUGGUGGGCAGCCCAAGGAGACGUUCGCGGCGUUCGGGGUGGACCAGGCGGAGCCGAACCGCGCGUUCUGGCACCUGAAGAAGGACUUCUUCCCUUGGGUGUACAAGAAUUACAUGGUCAAGGGGACCUGGGGCGGCCCCAAGGGAUUUCUUUGA